GUACGUAAAGGUUAUUCUUUUCACAUUCUUCCUCCUUGUCUCCUCCUUGUCCUCAAGAUCCCUCAAAAGGAACCAUACUUGAUUGACUUAGCUUCGUCUUCAAAAUGGUUCGCGUAUCCGUCCUUAACGACUGCUUAAAUAACAUUGUCAACGCGGAGCGUCGUGGAAAGCGACAGGUCCUCAUUCGACCCUCCUCCAAGGUCGUUGUAAAAUUUUUGAGUGUCAUGCAGAGACAUGGCUACAUCGGCGAAUUCGAGAUCAUUGACGACCACCGUGCGGGCAAGAUCGUCAUUCAGCUCAACGGUCGCUUGAACAAGUGUGGUGUCAUUUCCCCUCGGUUCAAUGUUCAAGUUACCCAAAUUGAGUCUUGGGUCAACUUGCUUCUUCCUUCUCGUGGUUUUGGUAUCAUCAUCCUUACCACCUCUUCUGGGAUCCUCGACCAUGAAGAGGCUCGUCGCAAAAACGUUGGAGGAAAGAUCUUGGGAUAUGUUUACUAGAGCUCCUGAUCUGCAAUGUUUUGAUAUGACGUGAACUAAAUAUUGUGUGGCGCCACAGAACUCGUC